AUGACCAAACACAAACACAAAUCAGAACUAGACGUCAAAAUGAGUGUAUUGGUUACUAAUGAACAAGUUAUAUACUCGAAGCUACAGUACGGGAUGACUACAAUACACACUAGUACGCACCAGUUCGAUGUGUGGGAGGUGAAGUUAAAAGAUUUUACGAGCCCACGGGCAAUAUCCCGCCUCGGAACGAGAGGCACCGAGCGGGCAGGGCAACUGCCCCACACGCAACGAUGGCCGGUGAACGGACGCCUCUCGCGGAAGUCAUCAGGAAACUGUGCAAUCUCUGAUGCACACAAAUGGGGUGUGUUUGCACGCGGUCUCAUCGGGCUUGCACACUUUAUCUCGUGUACCCUCUCCAUCCACACCUGUGCUAUCCCGUUCACUCCCCACGCUCGCGCGCAUCAGUGCCAGUCGCUGACCACCCUGGGCAUGUCGAGGUUAUGGCGUGUGUCGCAGAACGGGUGGUCUACAGACAAGUUUCGCGCGCUCAGGGUCCACAUCCGGGCGGAAGGCACACAGCAUGCGGAACGUCCCAUGCCGGAAGUCGAACGUGUGCUCGCUGAGGUCGAGGAGCGGCGGUGGUAG